CUGCCCGAACUUCCAACACGAUCUCCCUCUCCCUCUGUCGACCACCGCCUUAGGGAUUGCGUUCCUAUUUUCCCUUUUUCUUCUCGACCAUUCUCCCUCCUGUCAUGGUCGAUUGCCCCGUAUCGACCUCUUGAUUCAUCACAAUGGCAGGAUUGCAGUCUCGCUCGGCCAUGUCUCUGCCGUUUUCCCUCUCUUCGGCAUUUCGCAACCUCUCGUUGACGGCCUCGAAAAGAUCGUUUUCCUCCACUCCCGUCGCGCAGAAGAUCCCCAAGCUACCGGAAUACAUCCCUCCUUAUCCCUAUGGCCCGAACUACAUGUACCGACAGUCGAAUACCGGUCUCUACGGCGGCGUGACGAUUCAAUUCGGAAACAAGAUCUCGCAGGGUCGGAAUGAGGGGAAAACCCGCCGAGAGUGGAAGCCGAACGUUCGAAGGAAGAAGAUCUACAGCGAGGCUCUGGACGAGCAUCUGUUUAUCAAGGUCACGCGGAAGGCCUUGCGGACGAUCCACAAGUCCGGCGGACUCGACAAGUACCUGCUAGACGACCGGCCCGCGCGGAUAAAGGAGCUGGGUCUCUUCGGAUGGCGGUUGAGAUGGCAGGUGAUGCAGACGCCGAAGAUCCAGGAGCAAUUCCGACAAGAGCGAAAGAAGCUGGGUCUCCCCGAGCCCCCGACGUUUGAAGAGUGGGUGGCGCAGAAGGAGGCGGAGAUCAAGGCCAAGGCGGAGGACCAGACCAACAUCAAGGAAGCCACGAAGCCGAUCUACAACAAGAAGCUGUACUAGAUGCGAGAGGAUCAUGGAAAGGCGAGGGGGAUGAACAAUGGAUUUGUCUUAAUUUGCGGUGACCAAUGGAUGGGCGUCUGUAUCAUUAUAUCUGUUAUGGUCGACAAUGUCUCGCGCAUACCACUUCGGACGUUGUCGGUAGCUGCUGAGUGACCAUUCGGUUGCUCAUUGAUUUGACCAGACUUGCAUGAUUAGCUUUUCAGUGUAUUUAUAUUUCCUUUCUUGUUCAAUGCUACUACAUUUGGGAUACUACAU